GGAGGAAAUUAAACGACGAAACAACGGAAGACUGAUCAGAUUCAAGCGCUUUUUCCAGCAUGACUCAACCGGUGGACAGUUCUUUUUCGUACUGGUCAACCAACCCAGGCGUCGGAGCAACAAACGACUCUCGUCCAUCACUCCUCGAGACCACGGAGUCCAGUGGGCAGAUGUCGCCCUACGCCCCGUCGUUCUAUCCCGCCGGCUCAUAUGCGGCCCAGCUGCUGGCCCACGAGGAGUCGCAGGAGAACGGGAGGAAUGCGGCUAUACGUGCACAGAACCGCCACCAGGAGCGGACUACCGGCAUGUCUAGCUUCUUCAAUUCCGCCGCCUUGUCGGGCGAUGGUCCACGAUCCCCCCAGUCGAGCGGAGGCCCGAACAACUACUUUCCACGUGUCCCCCAGUCGAGCGGUGGUCUAAGUAACAUCUUUCCACGUGCCCAGUCGAUGUGCGUACGAAAUGACACCAAUAACAACUCACGUGCCCAACCAUCGGGCCACAAUUCACGGGCCCAAACAAUUAGAGUCACCAAUCCCUGCUUGCCGAUUACUCGCCACCUCUUAAGUCCGGAAAGAGAGCCGCGCAGGGCAAAUGCUACUCUACCGGCGCCAGUCCGUCCAGAGCAGGCUUCUCCGGCCCCUACUCGCACGCGAUACUCCACAGAUGGCGAUCACUCAACGCUGGAGCGGUUGCCUUUAUCCGCAGUACCCCAUACUGAUCCCACUACAGAGUACUGCGCCAAGCUCCUUAGGAACCGGCAAAACGAGUCCUCGAGUAACGCCGCUCGGGUGGAUCCAAGGAUUCCAGCAGCGAGGCCGCAGUCUUCGAUAACGCCGCCGACGCCUACGGCGACGGCGAACUAUCCCCCCUUUGAGGAAUUUGUCGCGCAGUUAGACAAUUGGGACGUACGUCGAGAGGAGUUCAUAGGAACGCUACGGAAUCUGAUGGUGCGCGCCAACGACUUGUUGAAGCCAUUGCUUGGUGGCCGCUUCAGCCAGAUGACACCCGAGCAGAUCGCCGCCUACACCUCUACCAUCCUCAACAGUGGGCCACUGCAUCCCAGCCUGUUCCUGCCGUUCCAUGCUCAGCGACCAUGGGAGGGCGACGGCCUUGAACUGCCUUCCAGCCAUCCACACAGUCUGACGCCCGAGGACUUGGCCCUAAUCAGAGCUCUUUGCAGCAAGAAGGACGCCACCACACAGACAGAGUACGAUUGCCUCUGCAUGCUAUUGGGCUUUCCGGGGAUCCCGCCGCUAGAUCGUCCCCAAGCUGGUCCAUUCGCGGGACCGCCAUUGUUUGAAAUGACCCCGAACGGGCCGCGUCUCGCUCCAUUGGGUGAUGAACUCCUGGAGCUGAACUUGGAGCUGGGGCAGGGCUUGAACCGGGCACGGGAUUCGCACCUGGAGCAGGAUACGGGCAAACCGCAGGAUACGGACCUGGAUAUAGAGAAGGAUUCGGACCAGGCGCAGGAAUCGGACCUGGCGCAAGACCCGGACCUGAUCAUAUUUUUGGACCUGGAGCAGGAUUUGGACCUGCCGCAGGGUUUGGAACUGGCGCAGGACUUGGAACUGGGGCUGGAUUCGGACCUGGAGCAGAAAGGGCAGCCGGGGCAGCCGGGACAGGACUCGCACCAGGUGCAGGACUUGGACCAGCAGCUGGCGUCGUACCUGGAGCAGGAUUUGGACCUGCCGCAGGGUUCGGAACUGGCGCAGGACUUGGAACUGGGGCUGGACUCGGACCUGGAGCAGAUAUGGCAUCCGGGGCAGGACUCGCACCAGCUGCAGGACUUGGAUCUGCUGCAGGCGUCGUACCUGGAGCAGGAUUUGGACCUGCCGCAGGGUUCGGAACUGGCGCAGGACUUGGAACUGGGGCUGGAUUCGGACCUGGAGCAGAAAGAGCAGCCGGGGCAGCCGGGACAGGACUCGCACCAGGUGCAGGACUUGGACCAGCAGCUGGCGUCGUACCUGGAGCAGGAUUUGGACCUGCCGCAGGGUUCGGAACUGGCGCAGGACUUGGAACUGGGGCUGGACUCGGACCUGGAGCAGAUAUGGCAUCCGGGGCAGGACUCGCACCAGCUGCAGGACUUGGAUCUGCUGCAGGCGUCGUACCUGGAGCAGGAUUUGGACCUGCCGCAGGGUUUGGAACUGGCGCAGGACUUGGGACUGGGUCUGGAUUCGGACCUGGAGCAGAUAUGGCAUCCGGGGCAGGACUCGCACCAGCUGCAGGACUUGGAUCUGCUGCAGGCGUCGUACCUGGAGCAGGAUUUGGACCUGCCGCAGGGUUUGGAACUGGCGCAGGACUUGGAACUGGGGCUGGACCCGGACCUGGAGCAGAUAUGGCAUCCGGGGCAGGACUCGCACCAGGUGCAGGAUAUGGACCUGCAGCAGGCGUCGUACCUACGGCAGGACUAGCACUUGGAGCUGGUGCAUGGCCCGUACCACUAACAGGAUGGUCGUAUGCUGGUGACACGCCUCCGCAACCUCAUCAGAUGCCUCCAGCCUAUCCUCCUUUUGGGCAAGCGCCGGC